AUGGAUGUGGAGGGCGCCACCGUGCAGCCGAGGAAGAAGAAUUCUUGGGGUUGGCAAAAAGGGACGCUUCUGCUGGCGUACCAGAGCUUCGGCGUCGUUUACGGCGACCUUUGCAUAUCACCCGUCUACGUGUACAAGAACACCUUCUCCGGGAAGUUGCGUCUCCACGAGGAGGAUGAAGAGAUCCUCGGCGUGCUAUCGUUGGUUUUCUGGAGCCUCACCCUCGUACCGCUCCUCAAGUACAUCAUCCUCGUCCUCGGCGCAGACGACAACGGAGAAGGUGGCACGUUCGCACUGUACUCCCUGAUGUGCAGGCGCUCCAGAAUGGGGCUCCUCAACAGCUUGCACGCCGGCCACGGCUCCGUGUCGUCCUACAACCAGGACGAGCCCUGCAAGGAGACGCGGAGCAGCCUGGCCAUCAGGGGGUUCUUCGAGAAGCACCACUCGCUGCGCGUCGUGCUGCUGCUGUUCGUCCUCAUGGGCACCAGCAUGGUCAUCGGCGACGGCGUCCUCACCCCGACCAUGUCAGUGCUGUCAGCAGUCUCCGGCCUCAGGAUCAAGUUCCCGGAGCUACAUGAAAACUACACGGUGCUGCUCGCGUGCGUCGUGCUGGUGGGGCUCUUCGCGCUGCAGCACUAUGGUACGCGCCGCGUAGGGUUCCUCUUCGCGCCGAUCCUGCUCUCCUGGCUCGCCUGCAUCGGCGGGAUCGGGAUCUACAACAUUUUCAGGUGGAACCCGACCGUCGUCCGCGCGCUGUCCCCGUACUACAUCUACAACUUCUUCAGGAAGGCCGGCAGGGACGGGUGGAGCUCGCUUGGAGGGAUUGUGCUCUGCAUCACAGGUGCUGAAGCAAUGUUUGCAGACCUUGGGCAUUUUUCAAAGCUUUCACUGAGGCUUGGGUUCACGAUAGUGGUGUAUCCUUGCUUAGUUCUGGCGUACAUGGGGGAGGCCGCCUAUCUGUCCAAACAUAGGGAGGAUCUCCAGAGCAGCUUUUACAAAGCUCUUCCAGACCGUGUGUUCUGGCCUGUUCUGUUCAUCGCGACGCUGGCCACCGCCGUCGGGAGCCAAGCGAUCAUCUCCGCCACGUUCUCCAUCAUAAGCCAGUGCCGGGCCCUGGGCUGCUUCCCGCGCAUCAAGGUGGUGCACACGUCCAGCCAUGUCCAUGGCCAGAUCUACAUCCCGGAGGUGAACUGGACGCUCAUGUCCCUCUGCCUCGCCGUCACCAUCGGCUUCCGUGACACCGAGAUGAUCGGCAACGCCUACGGGCUGGCUGUGAUCUUGGUGAUGUUCGCGACGACGUGCCUAAUGUUCCUGGUGAUCACCACGGUGUGGAACCGGUCGGUGCUGUGGGCGGCGCUCUUCGCCGCCGGCUUCGGGUCCAUGGAGCUGCUCUACCUCUCGGCGUGCCUGGCCAAGGUUCCGCACGGCGGCUGGCUGCCGCUGCUGCUCUCGCUAGCCACGCUGCUCGUCAUGUCGGCGUGGCACUACGGCACGGCCAAGAAGCAGGAGUACGAGAUGCAGAACAAGGUGUGCCUGGACCACUUCAUCGGCCUCAGCUCCGGCAUGGGCCUCGUGCGCGUCCCCGGGGUCGGGUUCGUCUACUCCGACUCCGUUGCCGGCGUGCCGCCCAUGUUCGCGCACUUCGUCACCAACUUCCCGGCGUUCCACCGGGUGCUCGUCUUCGUGUCGCUGCAGACGCUGACCGUGCCCAAGGUGCCGCCGGAGGAGCGGUUCCUGGUGGGCCGGAUCGGGCUGCCGGAGCACCGGAUGUUCCGCUGCGUGGUCCGGUACGGGUACAAGGAGGGCCGGUGGGACCACUUCAACUUCGAGGACCAGCUGCUGGUGAAGGUCCUGGAGUUCCUCCAGCUGCAGCAGGCGGACGGCGACGGCGAGCGGUGCAGCACCGGGUCCGGCGAGAUGUCGGUCAUCCCGGCCGCGCCCAGCCAGGCCGUCGUGGACGCGCUGGCGUCGAUGAGCUCCGGCGAGAUCGAGUACUACGCCGGCGGCGGCGCCAAGAAGGUGCGGUUCGAGGAGCUGCCGGCGGCGUGGAGGAGGGAGGAGACGAUGGUGGAGGUGAGGGCGCUGCUGGAGGAGCGGGAGGCCGGGGUGUCGUACAUGAUCGGGCACACCUGCGUGUUCGCGCACGAGUCGUCGUCCGCGGUGAAGAAGUUCGCCGUCAACGUCGUGUACGGGUUCCUCCGGCGCAACUCGCGGAGGCCCGCCGUCGUGCUCGGCAUCCCCCACACCUCCCUCAUCGAGGUCGGCAUGGUUUACAGGGUGUGA